GGAGAGUUCCUGAAUGUCCCGAAUAUUACGAUGGAAUUUGUAAGUAUUAGGAAAAUUACCGCUUUGAAUCCUACAUUCGAUUACAGAGUUAAUAGUAGUGUAGUUUGCAUGAGAUCUUUUUGAAGUAAUUGGUGUGCAACUAAUCCUUGAUUGCCGUGUAAACAUUUCUAAAAAGCCCGGGUUUCAGCGCUGUGUGUGACAUCGAAACAGCAGGGGAGAUAAUUACAUCAUAAAGAAAGACUGUAGUUGAUCGGGUACAUGUACUAAAUUUGUUGCCGUAAAUGUAGAAAUACUGAAAGAGAGUAAGCAAGCUACCAUCUCUCUGAGACUUGAACUGCUGCAACUUAACAUUCAGGAGAAGAAAAAAUACUCCAAGAGAAGAGUGCUAUCGCUGGCCGAGCCAAAGAGCGACAACUUUUAAGUUGUGUCAAUCCAACAUGCGAUGAUGCCCGGUCAUAGUACUGUCUCCAAAAGGACAUAUUAAUAUCCAUGCUAUUAUUCCUUGUCAGCCACAAAUCCGGAGAAGUUUCCCAUAGUGGCUGAGCAGGAGGACCAUUAGCCUUAUUCUCAACAGAAACAAAUGGCCAUACAGUUCCAUGUGGCUGAAGGACAUGUGAAUAUUGUGACCGUCUAAGCUCUUAGAAGAUUUAAUGAGUCAUUUCAGUUGGAUGCUUGUUAUGUGUUUUUCACAAGUGGACUGUCCCCGCACCCUCAAAGCACUGUUGUUAAGUUUGUGUUUUAAAGCAUACAUGUAAAAUGUUUUACCCGAGAUUUUAUGCUUGGCUUAGCUUCUGCGAGAUUAAGAUUUUACGACUUUUCUUCCAAUAGCAGAUUUUUCCUUAACAGUUAUUGCUGCUAUCAGUGGUGUCAGCUAUUUUGAGGACACUUAUAUGUGUAUAUGUGAUUCUGGGUGUCUGUCGUUUUCAGGACACUUUGUCCCUCUUUUCAUGUAAGUUGUGUCCACUAUUUUCAGGACACUUACAUGGACAGCGCAUGAUUUUUUUAAAUGGACACUUGUUCAUUUUGAUGUUAGUGGUGUCAGCCAUUUUAAGGACACUUGCAGUGUAUAUGGGUGAUUUUUGGUGACCAUCAUUGUAGUGACAGUUAUAUUGUACAGUAAUCUGUACUGUGAGACAUUCUCGGGACACUUGUGCGUGGGUUUAGUGAGCGUUGUCAGACAUGGGGGGUGAGGUGGAUGAUAACUGGUGCAUUGAGGACCCCAACGAGGAGUGGUACAACCCCACAAAACGCCCCAAGGGCACGUGGAUGCCUGAGGGCAAGGUCAUUCUGGAGCUACUGGAGAGAAUCCAGAAGGAGAAGAUUUUGGAGCUGAAGUGGAAAUGUCCCGGGCGACGCCCACCAGCGUCUGAGGAGCCUGAGGAGGAGAUGGAGACAGAUGCAGGACUGAACGAAGAGGAAGUGGAGCAGGAGAAAGAGGAGGACAAGCCAGCCUUAUUUGGAGAGUUUGACUUUGAUGAUGCUCCGUCAGAGAUGUCCACCAAAAUUACCCCUCGUAGGACACCUGGGAGUGGCAAGUCACCGCGGCCUCAGAAACGUGUGGCUUGUAUGGACAAUGUUCUCAACAAAAUCCGCUAUCAGAGGAAGCAGAGCGAGGCAGCCCGUGCCAGCAGAGGAUUAGGGAUGCGGGGAAGGAGGACCCCAAUCUACAACACAAGGUCUCCCAGGGGACGUUCGGGACCAUCAUCCUCCCAGCAGGGCAACACUCCAGCCAGACCCCCGCAACAUCCAUUUGACUUCCCCUCCCUUAAAUCGACUUCUACAUCAGAGGCCAAUCCAGCUGCCAACCCCACUCCCAUGGAGGUUAAUACAAGCUAUGGGGGCUGGACGGGAACCACACAGUCAGCCAGUCAUCAAGGAAGAACAGAGGUGUCGGCGUCAUCGGCUAUGACUCAGAGUGGGGAAACACACGUUCCGAAUCCCACUGCACUAGUAUCUGUGUCAGCAACAACAACAGCAGCGUCACCACCAACAGCAGCUGCCCAGUCACAACCCACAACCACAGCAGUUACCCCUCCUCUUAAGACUCCUGUGAGCUCAUCCUCUCAGUCCAAGUCUCAAGGAGUAUCGUCGGAAAACCGUGAACCAUUGCCUAAACUGCUGCUGAAGAUUCCUCCGCCCAGUGCUAACCAGCAAGUCACUAGCACGCUCCUGCCUCCGGGAUACUCUCGAUCCUCUGCAGGUAGCUCACGGAAGUCUCCCACUGGCCAGGUGGGGACACAGAAGGCCUCACCAUCUAGCAAGCCUAAAACCCCUCCUCUGUACGCUGGAGCACCAAAAACCCCGCCAGGUUUUUAUAAUGCACCCAAAACCCCACCUGGCUUUCACAAUCCACCCAAGACCCCUCCUGGCCACCAGAAUUCACCCAGGACACCACCUGCCGGAAACCUAUUUAACAGAGCACCAGUAGCAAACCCCAGUCCUAGCAAAACAUCCCAGCCCAUAAGCACCAGCCCUAAGGCUUCAUCGGGCUUCCCAAAUCAGCCCAAAACUCCACCAGCCUUACCGAGUCAGCCCAAAACCCCACCAGCCUUUCCAGGUCAGCCCAAAACCCCACCAGCCUUCCCAGGUCAGCCCAAAACCCCACCAGCUUUCACAGGGCAGCCCAAAACCCCUCCAGCCUUCCCCAGCCAACCCAGAACACCACCGGCCUUCCCAGGGCAGCCCAAAACCCCUCCAGCUUUCCCAGGCCAACCCAAAACCCCUCCAGCUUUCCCAAGCCAGCCCAAAACCCCUCCAGCUUUUCCAAACCAGCCAAAAACUCCUCCUGGUGGCCAAAUGUCAAAGGCCAAUCCGUUCCUGCAACAACAGUAUGGUGUGAGUUCUUCCCAUGACAGUGUGCAUAUGUCCAGCCCAAACCCCUCCUACAGCAUGUCACAACCUUCAAACACUGGUAUGACUGGGAACCAGCCAUCCACCCCUUCACACCUUUCAUCUAGGGUGCCUCAUAUGUCCCAGAAUAUGCACAGAAUGCCCCCCGUUUCACAGUAUUCCUCCAGGUCAUCCCCUGUAUCUCAGAACCCCCCAAGAACACUGCCUGUGUCCCAGCACUCACCCAGGACUCCACUUGUGUCUCAGAAUCCCCUACGGUUUUCUUCAGUAUCUCAGAACCCUCCCAGAACUCCACCAGUAUCUCAGAUCCCUCCCAGAACUCCACCAGUAUCUCAAAACCCUCCCAGAACUCCACCAAUAUCUCAGAACCCUCCCAGUACUCCACCAAUAUCUCAGCAUCAAUCAAGAUUCCCAGCAGUAUCUCAGAACUCUCCCAGAACUCCACCUAUAUCUCAGCACCCACCAAGGUUUCCACCAGUAUCUCAGCACUCCCCCAGAACUUCUCCAGUAUCUCAGCACUCCCCCAGAACCUCUCCAGUAUCUCAGAAUUCCCCACGCUUCCCCUCAGCAUCUCCGGGCCAGAUGAGACCACAGGUGUCUCAAAGUUCUCCCAGGCCUCAUCAGAACCUUCCAGUGUCUCAUCCUGGGCAGCAGUUUCCUCCCAGUGCAAGACCUUUCCCUCCGGGCCAGCAGCCUCCCUCCAGGCCCAUGCACAUGCCUCCCAGUGCUCACAGAAUGUCUGGUCCUGUAUCGCUCGGUCAGACUCAUCCGCCACGACCCCCUGGAUUCCACAGCAGAGGACCCCCUCCUCAUUUCCAGCCGGCCCGACCCAAAACGCCACCGGCCUACCACACUGUGAUGUCGCGCCCUGGCCAGUUUCCUCAGCCCUCACCAGCACCGCUGCCUUCACAAGGAGGCCCUUCAGAGCCCAGUGCAAGUCCUACAGGGCCUCGCAGUAUGACACAUCCAGGGGCGGGUAACCCAACUGUGGCCAGAAGUUCACCAUCCAGUCCACGGCAAGCACUUCCUGGUUUAGUAUCAUCUCCCCAUGUGACAGUCUCCUCCUCUGGCCCUGGGGGCAGGGGACCCCAGACCACAGCACCACCCUCAGAUCAUGGGGGUGGCCAACAUACCCCAGACUCCACGGGUCCUUCAACUACAUGAGGGGUCACAGAUUCCUGUAGUACUUGCAUAUGAAUUGUGCAUGAGAUAUUUGAGAUGGAAUGGACAUCUUCUGUUCCCUCCAAAGACAUUCAGGACUACAUUUCCAUGUGAAAUCUCUUGCGGGUUAGAGUUUUCAGUGAGUAGGGUUUAUGGGAAUGUUUUCCAUGUUGUGGGCCCAUUCUCUGUGAGUACAAUUCCCAUGCCUGUGUUGCAUUAUGAUCCGAUUAACACUGAGUAUUAUGACACAUAAUGUGUUGCUAUCGAAGACAGCAGUAUUGAGGUACAUGCAUGUGACGUAAAACAAAAUGAAGACUGGAGACCCAAGGUCAAACCCAGGUCGGGUCAUGCCAAAGACAAAUGAUACUCAUUGCUGCCUCACAAGGAAACAGGACUAGUUGUCCUGGUGUCAGUAUAAUGAGACUGGGUGGGGUGUCAUGUCUGGUGUCUUCAGCAUGAUACUGCAGUGGUGGCAGCACUUUGGUGGUAUGAAAUCGCCCUGCCACAAGAAGACACAGUUUAUGUACACACACCUACUGACUACUCCUCUUACUAUUGAAAAAUUGUUAAGUACAUCAUAAAACCCCAAACAUAGUCAAAACAUACACGCUUAAAACUGAAAUACUAAGGAAUAUGCCACACAUCAAAUACUGCCGGAACUUUAAAAACCCAAACCCUGUUGAGUUAUAACAUGUCAGUGUGACAUCGAGUCUUGUUGUUGUUGUUGUGUUAAUGUACAUUUAUAAAGACGUGACAGUGUUCGAAUUAAUGUGAACAGUUUUUACACAAUAUUUGAUGAUUUACGCUUGAACAGUGUGUUCUGAACUGUUUUAAUGUCAGAGUAUUUUACACUUACAGAACUUUGUAGACUUGAUCGCAGAAAAAUCAGUGGGGAUGCUGUUGUCUUAAAUCUAUACAGUUGUUAAUAUGUUUUACUGUUGGUGUUAUUUUAGCAGUUUGUUUUUAUUUGACUGGUUGUUAAUGAUGGGGUUAGCUGGAAUCUUCUGGGAUGUUUAUUAUAUGUAGGUUGUUUUUUUAUUACAUCUUGAUGUAGAUCGCCAUGUUUAUUGAUGAGUGUAAACACGCAAAUGCCCAUUUACAGUCAAGUGACGCAUAAUUUAAAACAAUCAAAUAUACAUGUACAUAGUGCAUUUAUUUUAUCUUCUGGUAAAGUAAGAUUCUUUGAAUGACAUGAAUUUGUUCUGUCCACGUAUAUCAUGGCACAGUAAGUCAAUCUUUAAUCACUUUUAUGACACCUGAUGCCAGCACUGUUUAAACUUACAAUAAAUUAUUGUGUAAGACAAUUAAAAAUACAUUUACUCAACUAUU